CCAACGUACACAUUGUAGAGCUCACUUAGCGACGAGAGAACCGAGCGAGCACACCCGUGUAUGAGGGUUGUCCGAAAUAAACACGCCUGCAAUAUUAAAUCGACGAGUUCAAAAUGUUCAAAAACACGUUUCAGAGCGGAUUUUUAUCGAUAUUAUACAGCAUAGGAAGCAAGCCGCUUCAACUAUGGCAGAAGAAGGUCCGUAAUGGGCACAUCAAACGCAUCACAGACAACGACAUCCAGUCACUAGUAAUUGAAGUGGUAGGCACAAAUGUCAGCACGACGUUUAUCACAAGUCCAGCAGAUCCCAAGAAGGGCCUGGGGAUCAAGCUACCCUUCUUGGUCAUGAUCAUCAAAAACCUAAAGAAAUACUUCACGUUUGAGGUCCAAGUCCUGGACGAUAAGAACGUAAAGCGGCGGUUCCGGGCCAGCAACUACCAAAGCACAACGAGGGUAAAGCCCUUCAUCUGCACGAUGCCAAUGAGAUUGGACGACGGAUGGAAUCAAAUUCAGUUCAACUUAUCAGACUUCACAAGACGCGCUUAUGGUACAAACUACAUUGAGACACUGAGAGUUCAGAUUCAUGCCAACUGCAGGAUCCGACGUGUGUACUUUUCAGACCGACUGUACUCAGAGGAAGAACUACCCCAGGAAUUCAAGCUGUACUUGCCCGUAAGCAAAGGAGCACAAAAGUAGCCCCCGAACAACAAGGGAUACCUUUUUCACUUCAAAUUAUCUGACAAGCCUCAGUUUUAAUCUGACCGCUGUGGCUUUUCAGAUGAUGGACUGAACUACACAGGCUGGAAUCGUUUUGAAACUCAUGGAAAGUUUUUUUUUUAUACGAAGAUUUUAAAUGUCCAUCUACACUUCUGAGACAUUUUUGCCCAAUUCAGAGGCAGAUUUUUUUGUCCUGUACCGUCUUGUAACCGAACAAAAGUGUAGCUAUCCUGUUUCUCAUGUUGGUUGGACUUAAGAUGGAAAGUGCUCAAGACUUUUGUUGUUUGUAAGAGAUGUAUGAUUCUUCAGUCUUUGCAGAAUAUGUACAAGUACAAAGUGGGUUUUGUCGAACAUCUCACUUAAAUUGGUUAGGGUCGUGAUUUUUUCUUUUAAUUAGUUAACAGUGUCCAGAAUUUCUUUUCUUUACAGCCGUGCCAGUCUCUUGUGCUGUAAAAAAAGUUGUCAAAAUAUUUAAGUAGCAAUCAAAUUUUUUUUCUCUGUAAUUAUAAUCGAGGAGUCUUUUUCACUACUCUUUAUUUAUAGGUUUUGCAUAAUGAACCCAAAAAUCAAGCCAAUGUGUAGAAUUUGCUGCAAAGAUAAAA